GAAAGAUAUUGUCACAAUUGUCAAUAAAAUGUCUUAAUUUAUUUAUUUGCCGUGCUACUGCUAUGGUUUUACAAAUCGAUGAAGAAAUAAUUAUUUAUAAUCAAAUUAUGUUUGAUAUGUAGCAGGUACAAUUUCUUUCACUAGUGCACAAAAAUGUUCGAGUGGGCUUACAGUGGUGCUAAUAAGGCCGUACCAAGAAAUGUUGGUCCUGAAUGUGCAUACUUUUUAUCUUCUCAAAGACAAUUAAUUGAAACUGUUAUUGUAACAUCGAUCUGCAUUUAUGUUUUAAUUAAAACUUACCCAAAAUUGCAAAUACCGAUUGAAACAAAUUAUGUUAAGAAUGAUAGAGGUGGAAAACGUAUACUAGUCAUUCUUCUAGCACUACUAUGGGGAAUGGAAAUUGGUUUUAAAUUUGCUUCUCGAACUGUUAUUUAUUUGUUGAAUCCUUGUCAUGUCACAACAUUAUUGCAGAUUUAUUUGCUUGCUGCACCACCAAGCAAAACAGUAACUGCACUAUUCCGCAUACAUUUGAAUCUGCUUAAUGGCCCCUUGCUAGCAUUUUUAUUUCCAGAAACAGCAUCACGAACGAUUUUUGUAGAAGCUGCUUUGUAUUGGAUACAACAUGGAAUGAUGUUUGUAAUACCAUAUUAUCUUUUGAGAAUUGGGGGUGUAUAUAAUGUAGAACCAUUGUGGGAUUUCAAUUGGGCUAUAUUCAGCUACUGUUUAAAUCUCCUGUAUCAUUUUAUCGUGUUACAAAUUAUAGCAAUACCUGCUCAAGUGAAUCUAAACCAUAUGCUUUGCCCAGCAAUUUUGGACCCAUUUGAUGGCCCGUGGUACCGAAUUGUAGCAGUAAUUCACCAAGCUCUUUUGUGUCCACUUCUCUGCAAAACUUUUUGCAUUAUAUCAGAUUUUUGCCUAACCAAAUUUCCACCUACAAAAGUCAAACCUCACAUGAAAGACAACCUACAAGAUAAAAAACCAUUUGAACAAGCAAAGCAACUGCAACACGUUGACUAG